CCCCACUGCAGCCCAGGACUCGCCCUCCCUACUCAGAGCAAGGGAGCCCCUACAGCCCCCAGGAGUCCCAGGUCCUACCAAAUCCAGAUGUAAAAAGCAGGGAGGGGACAGCCAGAGGUACGAGGGCCCAGAGAGAGAGUGGGGGUGCAGCCCAGUGGGAAGGACACAGGGAUGUAGAUGACACCCCUGGGAACUCACUCUGCUCUGGGCGACAGAAGGCUGCUUGUUGGGCUUGGAGGGGCUUCUGAAACAGGCUUCUGAAGACCCCAGGUAGGGAGGGGGUGUCUCAGAGGGUAGAGGGUACAGUGGGGCAUGUGGCAGAGGUGAAUCCAGGUGACUCCAUCCUGCUUGCAUGUGCUGGGUGCUUUCAAAAUCAGAUCUCAUUUGUCUUCUCAGUGAAAGUAUGAAAGUGUUAGUUGCUCAGUCAUGUUCGACUCUUUGCGACCCCAUGGACAAUAGCCCAGGGCUAAACGAAAAGGUAGCCCAUUUUACAGAUGAGGAAACAGGUACAGGAGGGUCCUUCCUUCAGUUGCUCAGUUGGGUCCAACUCUUUGUGACCCUUUUGGCCAUGGCCUGCCAGGCUGUCCAUAAGAUUUCCCAGGCAAGAAUACUACUGCAGUGGGUUGCCAUUUCCUCCUCCAGGGGGUGGGGGUGGGGGUCUUCCCCCACCCAGUGAUCAAACCUGCAUCACAGGCAUCUGCCCUGGGCCCCAGACUGGACCCCUGGGAAAAGGUAUUGAGGUGGGGGCCAGCCAGCAUCGCCACCCACUACGUAGAAUGUAGUGUGGGAGGCGGGCCCUUCCGAGCUAACAGUUGGCCUACUCUGCUGCUCAGAAAAGCCAAGCGUGACUCUCCUAGACCACUCUGAGGCCCUGAAGCCCCUAGAGCCCUGCUCCUGCCUGUCCCUGCCCCUCCUCCCUUGGCCCUUCGGUUCCUUUCCAUUCUGGGAAUGCCACUUCCUCCUCUGGACUUGCAGCAGCUGCUGCUAAGUCGCUUCAGUCGUGUCCAACUCUGUGCGACCCCAUAGACGGCAGCCCACCAGGCUCUCCUGUCCCUGGGAUUCUCUAGGCGAGAACACUGGAGUGGGUUGCCAUUGCCUUCUCCAGCAGAGCUCACUGCAAAACUACUAUCCAGACCACUCAGUGGCAAGAAGGCUUCCUGCUCCCCCAACAAACUACACAUUUCUUUCUGUCUAUGGAAACCAUGUCAUUAUUGAUUUUGCUCAUUUGCCUUUUCCUCCCGCAUCAGUUCAGAGUCCAGGAGAUGCUUCCCCAGCCCCAAGGGCAGUCAGGCCCACAGUGGGCCUCCAGAGAGGUCUGUGGGACGCAAACAAGGCUGCCCAGGCCACCAUGGGCUGGCAUCCCCAGAACUCAAAAGAUGAUUGUGCCCCACAAGGGAAUUCAAAGUGAAAACAACAUCAAACACGAAAAUAAGCUUAGCCCUCUUUCCUCCACGUGCUUCUUUGAAAUAACAAACAGAAAUGUAACAAUUAUCCUUCAUUUUUCAUGAGUUCUACUUUCUUGGCUGCUGCUUGGUUCAUCACUGUUGGGUAAUCCAGAAGAGAGUGACAUCACCAGUGACCAUACAUCAUUACAUCUGGCUUGUGUCAUCAUCUACCUUAACCCUGAGACAUCACCAGCCUGACCAGCUACAUCCUUACAUUCCGUACCAUGACAUCAUCCUGCCUGUGAUGACGUCACUAUCUGCUCUGAGGCAUCUUUCAUUGGCCCUGUGAUGCCACCCUGCCUCCCUCACGACCUUGGCCAGCCAGCCUCUCUCCUGUCCAGGGGCUGGUGUUCCACGUCCACUGUGUCCCCGGCAUCGUGCAGAUGCUGCAGGCGGCGAGGGUCAGAUUCGCAGGCCGCGCGGAGGUCCAAGGCCCCGGCGGGAUCCGCGGAAGGCGGAGGCUCGCCGGUUCUUCGUUAGCGCAUGAGUGCCCCUCGCAAAUUUUCCUUUCAGACUUCCCGCGGUCCCCGCUCGGCCUGAAGGUGAGCCUCGCGCCUCUGCCCUCCCGGAGAGGCCCCCUCCCGGCGCACCGCUCGAACCGGGGACCGGGGUGCGGCGAUUUUCCCGCCUGGCCUGCGUGGUCCGAGUCAUCCAAGCCGGUCAUGGAGAAGCGGCGCCGAGCGCGCAUCAACGAGAGUCUGGCUCAGCUGCAGAGCCUCCUCCUGGACGCCCUCAGGAAAGAGAGCUCCCGCCGCUCGAAGCUGGAGAAGGCGGACAUCCUGGAGCUGACCGUGAGGCACCUGCAGAGCCUGCGGCGCGUGCAAGUGACAGCCGCCCUCCGCUCGGACCCCGCCAUCCUGGGCAAGUAUCGCGCUGGCUUCCAUGAGUGUCUGGCCGAAGUGAAUCGCUUCCUGGCUGGCUGCGAGGGCGUCCCUGCGGACGUGCGGUCUCGUCUGCUCGGCCAUCUGGCGGCCUGCCUGGCCCGGCUGGGGCCCGCGCGCCGCCCGCUUCCACUGGCUCCAGCCACCGAAGCCCUGGAGCCGGAGAUCUACGCUGGCCGCCCGCCGCCGCCAGUCUUUGACGGCCCUUGCCCCUUGCCGCGCCCCGGGGCGGCCUUGGCACCCAUCUUCCUGCCGGGGUUGGCCCUCGCCGCCCCCUGGGCCGGGGCUCAGGGCCAGGGCGCGCCCUGGAGGCCAUGGCUGCGGUGAGGCCGCGGCCCUAGAAGCGACUGAGACUGUGCCAGAAAAUGGUUAUUUCCAGAGACCGGGUAGGGAGUUUUGUUUUGUCGUCUUGGUGAAGGGUCCAGUUCGUCCGAGGCCCAGCGACUGAUGUCUUCUCAUGAACGGGCGGGGUGGGCAGGGCCGGGCCGUGGGGAUGGAUUCAGCUCCCACCUGGGCUGGUGUGGCGCUGCGUGGGGGUUCGCCCGCCCUUGAGUUUGGCUGUGUCCCUUUGCGCUGAAGCCGCUACCCGCCUUGAGUGGGCAGGGUAUUUGUGAGAUGUCCCUGGGGGGCUCAGGCAGGACUGAACAGUCACCACUUUGCUAGAGCGUCUCCCAGUGCUGAGAAGAGGUCGUGCAUCAUCCUGGGGCCCAGUUCUCUCUCCACAACCCCUUCUGAGGCCCCUGGAAGGCAGAGAUGUGUGUGCACACUGUUGUCUCUGGGGCUGAGCUGGGCUGAAGCUUGGGUUCUGGCCUGGUGCACCGCCUCCCUUCUCCCGGGGGAGCCCAAAACUAUUCUUGCAUACCUGUGGGUCAAGCCUGCCCCAAGCCAGUGUCUGCCUAGCAGAUGGGGGCCAGCAGGAGAGGGCGUCUGAGUCCUAGAGGCAGGGCCCCCGACCGGCCUGACAAAGGGCAGUUUGUAUUGGGGCUCACCUCCCACCAGAGUCCAGUCCUGCCCUGAGAGGGGAGUCCCCUGACAGUAGGAAGGAAUUGGAGGUUCAUUGGUAGGCCUAUGCACCUGUCUUGAGCACUGGCUGUGUGCUGACCCCACAAUACAGUGAUCCUAGCCGGCGAGGGGCAUCGGCCGGGGAGCCACUGUCCUGUGGUCCCAGGUCUCCUCAGGCUGCUGCUGGGGGCUGUGCUCCAGGGGCAGUGAGGAGGUGGUUGAGUCAUGUGGCUGACACUGCAGUGUCUCAUCCUGAGCCCUCUGAGGUCAAGGCAAUAUGGAUUUCCCAUCCCAGCCAAUUUCAUCAGAUGGUUGCCAGCCACUUGCCUGGCCAGGGAGCAUCAGGGAGGAGGAGGGUGAGUCACUGCUAGAGGCUUAUCUCCUCUUCCAAUGGCUCCAACAGUUCCUGUUCCAUGUCAUGGUCGUGAGCAAGGUUCAUCUGCCCUCCGGACUCAGCCAUGCACACCAAGCAGGGCCCUCCAAGUCCCACCAAGCCAGUCCCCUCCUGCCCUCUGGCUGCCUGGCCCAUCUCCCUGGGUGUCCAGGGUCUGGGCCAGUGAUUUGGGGCAGUGGCAGCCAUGUGGGCCAGGAGCCGCACCCUGGGACCGGCACACACACACUGGUCCAGGCUCUGGGGAGGCUCAGAGAGCUGGGUCACCAGCAGGACUAUGAGGGAGUUACUGCUGACCCGGGAGGCCCUCCCAGCAGAAGAGUUGCAGAGGGUCCAUUUCAGGAGCCAGAAGUUCAGCUUGUUUGGGGAAGGGGAGUUGUUUGGGGCGGAGGCUUAGUGCAGGAGGGGAAGGCAAGGGACGUUGAGAUGUGAAGCCAGGUGGUUGGGUGGGUAGAGGGGUGGACAGGGCUUCCUCAGAGCUGGGUUCCACAUGGCCUGAAGGAAUAAAAGGGAGCUCCCCACCUGGUGGCCACAGGGAGGAGGGCUGCCCAGGAAGGUAA